AGGACCCUGGCACACCUGGCAUGUAAGCUGCCCGAACUAGGACUAGAACCCUUGUCAGCCAGGGUGUUCAUAAAGAAUGGAAGCACUGUUUCCUUGCCAGAUUCCUUAUUGCUGUAUCUCAUGAGUCCACAUAAUCUUGGGGAAGAAGCCGUGUUUAAUGAUGACAAACCUGUCACCGGUGUAAGGGCAAAGACGAAUAAAAAUAAAGGCGCAUUUAAAUUUAUAUUCAACAAGGAAGUCACUCAAGCGACAACUUCUGCUGCGUUAUUUUUCCAAGAUGAACCGCUACACAACCAUGAGGCAGUUGGGGGACGGCACCUAUGGGAGUGUGCUUAUGGGCAAGAGUAACGAAUCCGGGGAGCUGGUGGCCAUCAAAAGGAUGAAGAGAAAGUUCUAUUCUUGGGAUGAGUGUAUGAACUUGAGAGAAGUUAAGUCUCUGAAGAAACUUAAUCAUGCCAAUGUAAUUAAACUGAAAGAAGUUAUCAGAGAAAACGACCAUCUUUAUUUUAUAUUUGAAUAUAUGAAAGAAAACCUCUAUCAAUUAAUGAAAGACAGAAACAAGUUGUUCCCAGAGUCAGUCAUCAGAAAUAUUAUGUAUCAAAUAUUGCAAGGGCUGGCAUUCAUUCAUAAACAUGGCUUUUUUCAUAGGGACAUGAAACCAGAAAACUUGCUUUGUAUGGGUCCAGAACUUGUGAAAAUUGCUGAUUUUGGCCUUGCAAGAGAAUUAAGAUCCCAGCCGCCAUAUACUGAUUACGUGUCUACCCGUUGGUAUCGCGCGCCCGAGGUUUUGUUAAGAUCUUCGGUUUACAGCUCUCCCAUCGACGUGUGGGCUGUCGGAAGCAUCAUGGCCGAGCUGUACACCCUGAGGCCGCCCCAGGGACAAGUGAGGUUGAUGAAAUCUUUAAAAUAUGCCAAGUUUUAGGGACUCCCAAAAAAAGUGACUGGCCAGAAGGGUACCAGCUCGCAUCCUCUAUGAACUUCCGCUUUCCGCAGUGUGUUCCUAUAAACCUAAAAACCCUCAUCCCCAAUGCCAGUAACGAAGCCAUCCAGCUUAUGAGCGAGAUGCUGAGUUGGGAUCCGAAGAAACGGCCGACAGCGAGCCAGGCACUGAAACACCCCUACUUCCAAGUCGGUCAGGUGUUGGGCCCUUCCUCGCACCGUCUGGAAUCGAAACAGGCUGUCACUAAACCCCUGCAGCCCUUAGAACCAAAGCCUCCUGUAGUCGAACUCGAGCCUAAGCCUCUGCCAGACAUAACUGAUCAGCCUGCCGGACAGCCCCAGCCAAAGAGCAACCACCAACCGCUGCAGCCCAUCCAGCCACCUCCGAAUGCCGGCGUGCAGCUGCCUCCCAAGCAGAGUCAGCAGAAGCCGCUGCCCACGCUGUUUCCGAGCAUCGUCAGGAAUGUGCCAGCUAAGCCAGCGGGCACACUUGGUCAUAAAAGUGGAAGGAGGCGUUGGGGUCAGACCAUCUUCAAGACUGGGGAUAGUUGGGAAGAGUUUGAAGAUGGUGAUUUCGGAGCUUCUCAUUCUAAGAAGCCAAGCAUGGAUGUUCUCAAAGAAAAAAGGAAAAAAGAUUCUCCAUUUCGGCUUCCAGAAUCAGUACCCUCAGUCUCCAACCACUCAACAGGGGAAAACAAGAACCUACCUGCUGUUGCUUCUCUAAAACCUGAUUCCGAGUUACCAACCGCCUCGACAGCUAAACAGUACUACUUGAAGCAAUCACGAUACCUUCCAGGGGUAAAUCCCAAGAACGUGUCCUUCAUAGCCAGUGGGAAGGAUGGAAACCCGUACACGUGGGGCAAUCAGUUAUUCCCUAAGUCACUGGGACCCAUCGGGGCAGAACUCGCUUUCAAAAGGAGCAACGCAGGAAGUCUUGGAAGUUAUGCUCCUUACAGUCAGUCAGGAUAUCUCCCAUCCUUCCUCAAAAAAGAAGUGGGAUCGGCCGGCCAGAGGAUCCACUUGGCGCCUCUUGGUGCAACAGCUUCAGAAUAUACCUGGAACACAAAACCUGGUCGGGGGCAGUUUUCAGGACCCACUUUCAAUCCUGCAGCAAAAAAUCUCAAUAUCGUGAACCGGGCACAGCCAAUUUCGUCUGUGCACGGGAGGACAGAUUGGGUAGCCAAGUACGGAGGCCACCGGUAGGAGCCCCACAGCAUCACCCCAUGGAGUGUGUGCAAGGCCCCUGGCCCUGGGAAAUGUCUACAGAUUCUAUUUCUACUGAGUUCUGGAAGAAAUACGCAGUCGUGCGUACUACGAAGAGCAAAAAUGAUCUAUUUUCUUUCCUUCCUAGAGACGAAAUGCAUCUUCUUAGCAUCACUGCCCACAGUGCCGAUAACGUGGGCAGGACUUUACAAAGUAUUGAAUAAACUAUUCGCCAAAGUAUCAAGUAUUUCAUCUACAAAUAAUUAGAUCGUAAAUAUAGAAAGCUUUAAAAAAAAAAAAAAAAACAAUGCCUCCAGAAAGUAUGUGUUUAGAGUCUUUUCCUUCUCAUUUAUUGCAUAUUUGCCUAAACUAUUGGACAUUUCAUCACUCCGCAGUGAUUGGCCUGAAAACUCUGCGUUUUGUGUUUUCACAGCAGUUAGACCUCGCGGGCUGCCGGGUUUGGCUCAGGCGCUGCCCUCCCCCUGGGCCAUGGCAGAAGGACCGCACCUCUCAUUCGUUUCUUCUGGUUUGCAACUGUGGAAGCAGUGGUCAUUCCAAUGUUGGUCAGGAUGUCUUUCUUAGGAGCAGGUUUAUAUUUAACACGGAAUAUCAACAUUAUCGGGUUGUUGGGCAAGUCAUGACGUAUUUUUGCAUCUAAAUACAGAAAGAUACGUCAGGACUUCCCGACCACCUAAGAUGGCACCUCGUUUUCGUGGAGGAGUGUAUUGUUUGGUCUUGACCAACACAGCUGCUAUGAAUUCAUGGUGACUAUCAAACCCAGGGGUGGAGGACGUCCCUAUUAACAAGGCAGCGUUCUCUUGUCUUCACGUCAUUCAAACAGUUCUUGAAAGUGAUGUUUGUUCGUCGGACUUUCAAAAUACCUUGUUCCUGUGUUCCUGGCAGACACAAACAUGAAGUGUACCAGCCGGUCCCCAAAGCGAACUCUGCUGCUCUGAGUCAGAGGUCACUGACUCACCUCUGACCUUCACAUUUGCUCUGCGGAGCAAACGUGACGUCGACUGCUUUAGCGGUAGUUUAACAAGGUACUUAUGUUUUCCUUAGUUUUAUUCCGAAAUCGGCAUUUAAAGUAGACAUUUUGAAUUUAGGGCUGUUCUAUUUAAACCUGCCACUUUAUAGACUGUAUAUUCUUUUUAAAGAAUAACGUUACCAGCUGUCGAUGUUUUUACGUAUUUUAUGACUUGGUAACAAAUGCUGAUAAGUAACUGGUAUCACCUCGUGGGCAUUAUCCAAAGACACAUUAUAAUUAAUAGUAACCUGGUAUUUUUGUAUAGGCGAUUCAGCCGUUCAGAUUUCAGGUUAUUGAAACAUGUUACAAUCUAAAGACUGAUUUGUCCUGGGGUAAUGGUUCUGUGUAUUCGUACAGUUUUAAUUAAUGUCACGAAGCUAAAAACUUAUUUUGUGUUGCUGGGAAACUUUUAAAUUCUGAAUAGAUAUUAAAGUAAAUAUGGCUAACUGGUGCGUUUUCUUUAU